AUGCCUUGCAGGUUGGCAAUCAGCUCCAUGUCCCUGGGCCGGUGCUAUGCUGGUCAUUCUCUGAGCCACAAGCUGGACAUGGCACAGAAGUAUGGCUACAAAGGCAUCGAGCUCUUCUACGAGGACCUUGCCGACCUUGCCAAGAGCUUGUCCCCUGAUGGCUCAUCGGCACAACCCUCGGCAGCAGCUCAACUUGCCGCUGCCCAUAACAUCCGUCACAUGUGCGACUCCCGUGGCCUGGAAGUCGUCUGCCUCCAGCCCUUCCUGAAUUACGAUGGCCUAGUCGACCGUAACGAGCACCAAAGGUACCUCAAGAGGCUGGCCCUCUGGAUCAAGCUUGCCCAGGUGCUUGGUACAGACAUAAUCCAAAUCCCCUCAAACUUCCUUCCCGCAGAGCAGGUUACCGACAACCUAGACCUGAUCGUCGCCGACCUCUGCCAGGUCGCAGACAUUGGGCUUCAGCAGUCGCCCCCUAUCCGGUUUGCUUACGAGAGCCUCUCAUGGGCUACCCGUGUGGAUGUCUGGGAGCGAUGCUGGGAGGUGGUGCAGAAGGUGGACCGCCCCAACUUUGGCAUGUGCCUCGACACCUUCAACAUCGCCGCGCGCAUUUACGCCGACCCAGCCUCGCCAACAGGGCGCGUGCCUGGUGCCGAGGAAGAGGUGCGGAAGUCGAUGGAGCGGCUGGUGGCCCGGGUCGAUGUGAGCAAGGUCUUUUACGUCCAGGUUGUCGAUGGUGAGCGGCUGCGCCAGCCGCUGGUCAAAGGCCACGCCUUCUACGACGCAGAGCAGCCAGCUAGGAUGAGCUGGUCGAGGAAUUGUCGGCUCUUCUACGGCGAGAAGGGUGGCUACCUGCCUGUAAGAGAGAUCGCCUCAGCCUUCUUCCACGGCCUUGGCUUUGAUGGGUGGGUUAGCCUGGAGCUCUUUAACCGGCGCAUGUCGGACGACGGCGCUGAGGUUCCCGAGGAGCUGGCCUGGAGGGGGGCCGUCUCGUGGAAUAAGCUGGUGGAGGAUUUGGGAUUGGAAUGUGCGCCAUCGACAAUGAUAUCUGCAUCGCUACUCCUCCUUGAUCUUCAAGUGCCUGGCCGCAAACUCGAGAGCGGCAGUAUACCCGAAGGUGCCCAAGCCACAGACGACGGCGACGGCCUUGUCGCUGAAGUAGCUGUGGUGCCUCCAGGGCUCCCGGGCGUGGAUGUUGGACACGUGCACCUCGACGAAGGGGAUGGCGACGCCGAGCAGGGCGUCGCGGACCACGACGCUCGUGUGCGUCAGGCCUCCCGGGUUGAUGAUGAUGGCGGAGACCCUGUCCCCGCUGGCCGCGCCCGCGUCCGGCCCCAGGCCGGCGGCCGCCUGGAUGCGGUCGACGAUGGCGCCGUCGUGGUUCGACUGGAAGGUCUCGAGCUGGAAUCCCAGGUCGUCGGCCUGCUUCCGCGCCUGCGCCUCGACGUCGGCGAGGGUGGUUGAGCCGUAUAUGUGGGGCUCCCUGGUGCCGAGGAGGUUCAGGUUGGGCCCGUUGAUGAGGAGGAUGCGGCGGGGCAUGGCUGCGGCGAGUGGAGCUUGGCUUGGAAAUUUACAGCCUGGGCUAUGCCUAGAUGACGAAUUGACGGAUGGGUGAAUGGGUGAAUGGAAUCAGCAGAGAGGUAUGGUCCCUCGCUACGUUUGAACUUUGGAACUUUGAACUUUUGGAGCCCUUCUGAAGACCAGCAGCGCCAAAGCCGACGUCGUCCACGUAACCCGUUAUGGCGUGGCUGCCUACAAGGGCCUGUAAAACGUAAAGCAGAGUCCCUGCCCUUCAUACAGGGGCGGCUAAGCAAUAAGGCAGAAGGUUGUGUGACGACCAGCGUUUCUGCAGAUGGUGGGUGGGAUGAAUGCGCCAAUGCUUGGGGCCGGAUAAAGGCUCUGCCAGCGCGGAUUUGCAG